CCUAACCUGCAAAAAAUGUGGAAAUUGCUUUCAGUAGGCAUCCAUACCCUGGCGGUAAUGGACCUUUCCGAUGGCGAGCUUAAGCUCCGCCCCCUUAGCCAUGUCCCACAAGCUUCCUAAAUGGCGUUUGAACAGAACGUGUUUGAAGUCGAUUCUCUUAUCGCGUAUUCCAGUUAAUAUUGGGGCAUGUUUUUUUUCCAAAUGCGUCAGACUUGGCCAAGAGAGUUCUACAAAGAGGUCUCAACUAUUUCACGCAAAGAUAUGUACACGGAAUUAAGAUUUUGGACUGCGCGGAAUGCGACGUCAGAGUUAGAUCGAAACGUUGGCGAUUGAUGCAAAAAAGGUUUGACACCUCACAAACGUCACAUUGAAAUCCAACAGGAUAAAAUAGUGAAGAAUGUGAACAUUUGCAAGGACAAUUUCAUCCCCAUUCAGUGUUUUUGCUGUUAAUACAUAGAUUUAUUUUUUUUUUACUAGUAGAAAAACAGCUAUUGUUUCGUCAAGAUUGACAGUAUGUUUGGGUAUCAUAUUUCAUAUCAUGAUGCUAUAAGAUGCAACAACAGCAAAAAUCUCCAAAAUUUGGCUAACAGUUGACCACUAAAGCCAAGGAGGUGGUUAAAGCAACAUGGAAAUGAAACUUCAAACCCAAAGUCCAUUUUAAGGGUUGUGAAUUGCGUUCGGGGGUGGAGGCUGACUACUGAAAUCUGAAAGUCACAUGAGGGUAGUGGGUGUGAUGUUUACGUUCAAGAUUCAAUGAGCAGAACUGGGAAGUUUCAACCUGACAAGUAGAAUUGUGCUAAACCGUCUUGAGGAAGCUGUUGGAGAACUGAUGAGACAAAAUGUUGAGGCUCUGCGUUUAUCUCUCAUUCGGGGCCUUCGUGUCCGGUAACAUCACAUGUUCUGAUGGAACAGUCUGCUCUGACGACAAAACCUGCUGUCAGACUGAGCAGGGCUACAGCUGCUGUGCUUACCCCAAUGCUGUGUGCUGUCCCGACUUGUCCCACUGCUGCCCUCGAGGCUUUCGCUGUAACAUGGCCUCCCAGCACUGCGAGAAAGUCACCAAGUCGUGGAUGGACUUUCCAUUUCUGCUAAAAAUAGCUGCUGGUGAACCUAUUGUCACCCCAUUUCGACCAUUGUUGCAUGCCAAUAACAAGGAAAGGAGGCAUGGAGCAGCUGCAGUAUACACGAGUAGUAGUGAGCAGGAGUUUAGAGUCAUUCGCUGCAGUUCAAAGUUCUUCUGCCCACAAGGCUCAUCUUGUUGCAAAGGAUUGUCGUCCGACUCCUGGAAUUGUUGUCCUUACCCGCUGGGCCAGUGUUGUGCAGAUGGGAAGCACUGCUGCCAAUAUGGAUACACGUGCAAUAUCUCCCCUUUAUCAUGCAGCAGAAAAAAUCCAAUGGGUCCAUUUGCAACAUGGAUAGAAGAGCAUGCUCAGAAUGGCAGAUGACACGUUAUUACGGUUGACAUUUACUGCAUAUUUUCCAAUGAACAUGCCUUAUAAUUGUUUAAAACAAUGAAAUGUAAGUCUUCUGCUGUUUUCUUCUUUUUGCAUCAACAGUACGAUCAUACAGCUGUGGGUUGCACCAAUAUAUAUAUUAUUUUAAUUCAUGGACUACAAUUGCUUUUUCUUAGUAAUUCAGUGUAUUUACCAAUGACCCCCAUUGGUGAGUACAGUACUUUCGUUUUAUUAGGAAUAAACAGAAAUGCUACGCCAUGUUGGAGAACUCGCUUCCUGUAAUGGAAGAUCGCGACUGCGUUCAUGGUGUUUAUCGCUGAGAGACUUGAGGCAGUCGCUUCUAAAAUAUUAGGCGCUGUUGACAAAUUGGUAACCGAAUACGAGAAACAAGGAAGAAAACAACCACUAUUGUUCAGUACUACAGUACCAAAGGACGCGGUAAGGAUUGCGUCAUUUCUGCCUUCGACCACUUCACUUUGUGGACCACUAUCAUAAGCAAGUCAUUGAUGGACACGUACGACAGCCAAGCAGCUCCCAAGUAUGCCUCGGGGAGCUGCCUAGGCUGGGGCAGCUGGAUGGGUCGAAGGCGGAAAUGGCGCAAUAGCUCCUUUGUGUAUUGGUGGACGCUCAAACAGGAACAGUUCCUCUGCACACGUCAACAAAAAUGCCAAAGGCAACGCAGGGACAACGAUCAGCUUGCCAUUUCCUUUUUUUUUUUUUUUUUUGUACUGUAUAUAAUAUAAUAUACAAUGCAUGAAAUUAAUGUUAUAUUAACAGUGGGUGGUGCCUACAAAUUAAAAACAUGCCAUUUUUAAACAACAAAAUGCUGUGGAGCGAGAAACUACAAUGACAACUGGAGCAGCUGGUCGAAUGGGCCCGAGGCAUCUGCGAUCGCUGCGUUGUUUGAGGCUGCUGCCACUAAUUGGGCUUGCCCUUACCGACUCACUGUCAACAUGUAUACAUUUAGCACACAAUA